AGUAAUUAAAGCUAAUGGUUUCCCCCAAAGCACACCCAAGCUCAAGCCCUUUUUUUCCUUCUGGCUCUACCUCGGUCAAUUCAGCACCGGCUCUUUGGGGUCAAGGAAGGUUGGGGCCUCCUUCUCACUCUCCAGACUCAAGAGUCUCCAGCUCGGGUAUCGUUGGCGGAGCUCCUCGGCCCCCGACUCCUGGGAGGAAACUGGCUACUCAGUGAACCGCCCCAAGCCUCGGGGCCCCCAGUUCGCCAGGCCAGGUGGCCAGCCCAGUCACCGAGGCCCAGCACGAAGAGCUCGCGUCGUGGGCUGUGGCGAGCGACGCAGCUCCUUCCGCGGGCGCAGCCCCCGCGCUCUGGGUCCCGGCGAGGGCCGCGCCGGGUCCCUCGGACUUUGAAGGGUUAGAAACAGGCGACGGCGGAGAACAAGGUCGCCGCCAACCAUCCCCAGCCCUGCCCCAGCGCCGGCUGCAGAGCCCGAGCCCAAGUCGGGCAGCCCAGCGCCGAGCCACGCCGCGCCGCGCCCGGGGAGAAACAGCUGUUCCCAACAGCUGGGGGGCGGCGGCGCCAGGCGCCCCAGGUGCAGCCGCGGCCAAUCGCAGGCGUCCGGCCCGCCCCCUCCCCAGCCCGGCGCCGACCCCCGGCCGGCGGCAGAAGGGAGCAGAGAGGUGGAGAGGAGUCCCCGGCACUCACUCGUCUUCCAGCUUCCGCGGCGGGAGGGACAGGACUGGAGCCGAAGCCGCGCGGAGUCCCCCGCCUGGACCCGCCGCCGUGCCCCCCGCCCGCCCACACGCUCUCGCCGCAGACCCUAUCCACGCCGCACCCAAGACACCUGAUUUCUAAGAAAGAAAAAAAAAAAAUCUACCUCCAAACGCACCCCCUUCUUCGCUCGAGGACCACCCCUCUUUUUUCUAUUUUGGCCUCGCGGCCGGGUGAGUAGAAGCCUCUUACACGUUCCAUAGAGUCGGAUCCCAUCCCAGACGAUCCGGAGAAUCUGCACCGUGACCGGCAGGGGGGGCGGGAGGAGAGAGCGAAGUCAAGUCUCCGGGGCUGCUGGCGACUUCGGAAGCCCCGCGUCCCGAAUUCUCUGCCGCCCCGGGCCGCUCGCCCCCGCCGCGCCACCGCCCUCGCCCCCUGGCUCGCCCUUGGCCCCCGCCAGCCGCGAAAGGGGGCGGGAGACGCGGAGCGGGAGGAGGAGGAGGCGCAGCCGCUGCCCGAGCCGCAGCCGCAGCCGGAGCCCGAGCCGCGGGGCGGCCGCGAAAAUGCACACCACCCAGAAGGACACCACGUACACCAAGAUCUUCGUCGGGGGGCUGCCCUACCACACCACCGACGCCAGCCUGCGCAAGUACUUUGAGGUCUUUGGCGAGAUCGAGGAGGCGGUGGUCAUCACCGACCGACAGACGGGCAAGUCCCGGGGCUAUGGAUUUGUCACCAUGGCUGACCGGGCUGCUGCUGACCGGGCCUGCAAAGAUCCCAACCCCAUCAUCGACGGCAGAAAGGCCAAUGUGAAUCUGGCAUACCUGGGAGCAAAACCUAGGAUCAUGCAACCAGGUUUUGCCUUUGGUGUUCAACAGCUUCAUCCAGCCCUUAUACAAAGACCUUUCGGGAUACCUGCCCACUAUGUCUAUCCUCAGGCUUUUGUGCAGCCUGGAGUUGUAAUCCCACAUGUCCAGCCUACAGCAGCUGCCGCCUCCACCACACCUUACAUCGAUUACACCGGAGCUGCAUAUGCACAAUACUCAGCAGCAGCAGCCGCUGCCGCCGCUGCUGCUGCCUAUGACCAGUACCCCUAUGCAGCCUCUCCAGCUGCUGCAGGAUAUGUCACCGCUGGGGGCUAUGGCUAUGCAGUCCAGCAGCCAAUCACUGCAGCGGCGCCCGGGACAGCUGCUGCUGCCGCCGCAGCUGCUGCCGCCGCUGCAGCAUUUGGCCAGUAUCAGCCUCAGCAGCUGCAAACAGACCGAAUGCAGUAGACCAGCCAUCUGAUCAAAGUUGAAUUGUUUUCUCUUCCCCUCCCCUCAAUUUUCCAAUUUUUAAUAGGUAAUAAGAGAGUUAACAUGGACUUUAAAAAAAGAGAGAGAGAGAGGCUAUAUGAUUGCAAAUAAGAAUUUUUUUUUUUUUAUACUCCAAUAGUGUUCAUAGAUGAGAAAGAGGUAAGAAUGAGGGUUGUGGGCACAGUUUUGGAAACCAAUCCCAAAGACUCUGAGUAAAUGAAAGGCCUCUGCCAAAUGACGGCAGGGAUAACAAUGGAACUUCCACUUUUAUAAUGGGAUUUUUAUUUGUGCUCUUUUUAUAGUAUCAGGGAAGCAAACUGCCUUUUACAAGUUAGAAAAUGCUAUUUGAAUCUAGUUGAACCAGGGGAAACAGAAUGAGCAAUAUGUAGCUUGAAUUACAGUUAAAAGCAGAUUUUUUUUAAACAAAAUGUUGAAAGCACUGAUUGUCAUUUUUAGCAGUCACUAUGGCCUAUAGAACUUUUUCGAGUAAGAAGGUAAUGUUCUUACUGUCUCAAAAACGGGCAUCGAACAAUCAAUCUAGGAGCAUGGCGGUGGGUAAAAUGGUGGACAGGCACCAAAGCUAUUUUCUCAUCUGUCCUCCGGGUGAGCUGAACUCUGGAGCAAGUGAUGUGGAAUUAAUGGGUGCAACAGCUGUACAGACAAUCAAUAACACACACAGUUCUGGAAAGAACACAUCACUUGUGCUUGUUUGAUGAGCUUGUCACAUUCUAAUCCCUAUCCCCAUCCUGUUUCAAUUUUGGGAAACUUGUAUCUGCUGGUGUCAGCAAUUCUGAUUCUGAAAUAGGAUCAGGCUUUUACUCUAACAGCCUUCUCUUUCUAUUUAUUGUGUCGACUUGUGGCUUAUGAAUAAAGGCAGGCAAAGUUUGCAGACUCUAAACCCUUAAGAACUGUCUUAAGGACAUUUAUUUUUUUCCCUUUUUAAAUAAUUUUACACUUUUUAGUAUCUAUUUCAGAGUCAUAUUUAAAACUAUUUAUUAGUGAAUACAGUCCAUGAGACAACAAGCUUACUGAGAUUACAAUUCUUCAAAGGUUAAUGAAAAUGUGGUUUAUACUGUGCCUUAAUAGUAAUGCUAUUUAAGAUAUUUAUUUUUGAGUUUUACUAUGCUGCACUCUAAAGAAAGGAACUUUAGAUGUGACACUGUAAAAUUAUGUAUUCAUCUCAUGGCAUAAAUUAUUUAGUAGGUCUAGAUGUAGCAUAUUAAAUAUUAACCUAUUCAACUAAGAUGUUGACUUGGAUUUAUUUAAAUUCGUAUGUGCACUGUAUAAGAGAGUACUCUUACAUUAACACAUUUUAGUUUAUUUGUAGUUUUUAGUUUUUUCAAAACAGGAUAUAUUGCUAGUUUCAUGCUUCCUUCUCUUGAUUUUGCUCAUGUAGAUCUCAUUUAUUGGUAAUUCAUUAGUCUAACACUUCUUACGUAGUUUAUAUAGUUUUUAAAUGCUGCUCUCCAUUUUUCUUCUGAAACUGCAAUACUUGCAAUUUUUAUUCUUAAACUAAAUUGGAUACUAUUUUACACUGUAUUGGAUUUUUAUACUUGAACAAUUUCAUACAAGGGAAGACAGGUUAGCAUUUUUAUGGACUUUUCUCCAUCAUCACUGGAUUUACUUUAAGUAUUCCCAUACUAGACAGUGUUAUGUAAUGUAGACUUGACUCUCCUGUGCAAAUUAUUUAUUCAUUGUAUAUUGCUUUAUAACAUUUCAGAUCUUCUAAUCCAU